AUGACCAAUAAGAUGGAUGAUAUUGAAAAACAUAUUCAGAAUGCCAUUGAAGUCUAUAAUGACAAUCAAAAACAAAAAAUCCUACCUCUGACAUGCAAAUUCAAUGUUUCUUAUCAAUGUCUUCAAGUGAGAAUCAAUGGAAGAAAAACACACAAUGCAAAGAUUGCACUGAACAAGAAGCUUAGCAAGAGUCAGAAGAAUGCAUUGAAAGAAGCAGAUUUAAGAUAA